AUGACUCAAUACAAUCUCGAUAAAGGUCAAAUCAUCCUUGGCUAUUGGAACAUUCGUGGUCUGGUUGAGCCAUCACGAUUGACUCUCCAAUAUACCAAAACGCCUUAUACCGAUAAAAUGUACCAGGUGGGUGAUGCUCCUGAAUACAAUCGCGAUGAAUGGCUUGAUGAAAAAUUUAAACUCGGCUUGGACUUUCCAAAUUUGCCGUAUUUGAUCGAUGGCGAUAUCAAGCUCACACAGUCGAAGGCUAUUUUGUACUAUCUAGGUCGUCAAAAGAAUCUUAUGGGCAACAAUCCCCAGGAGGAAGCCUUGGUUACAAUGCUCUGCGAACAAGCUCAUGACCUCCGUCUUGAAUUUGGCAAGUUCUGCUUCGGCCCCAAUGGCGAUUCGGAAAGUGAAAAGAAGAAGUUUCUUGAUACGACAGUUACAGAACACAUAAAACAGCUCAACGCUUAUCUCGGCAAGAACAAGAGCAGAUUUGCUGUCGGAGAUAAACCCACUGUGGCUGAUUUUCAAUUAUUUGAGUAUGUUGAUUGUUGCUGUUCAAUCGAUGGUGGAAGUAUGCUGCUCGAAAAAUAUACAAAUGUGAAAGAGUUACUUCAAGAAGUUCGUGAAUUACCUGAAUUGAAGGAUUACAUCGCCAAAUCACAUGCUCAAUUGCCGAUGCAUAUGAAAAUGGCCAAGUUCGGAGGAAUAGUGGUCGAACAAAAGUGA